ACGAAAGAAAGCCGGGGGAAAUAUGAAAUCUUAUUAUAUAUUUUAGGUCUUAGCCAUUUUCUGACUGGGGGAAAUUCAAUAAUUAAAUAUGGAUAAUAUCAAAGUAGCCAUUCGGGUUCGACCCAUAAUAUCAAGGGAGCAAAAAUUAGGAUGUCACAGUAACUGGAUGAUAAAAAAUAAUACAAUGGCACCAAUGGAAAAUGGGAGAGUGGGUACUCCGUAUGCCUUUGAUAGAAUAUUUGACCAAGACAAAACAACAUUGGAUAUUUUUGAAGAAAUAUGCAAACCAGUUAUUACAGGGGCUGUUAGGGGGUUUCAUGGUACUAUAUUUGCAUAUGGACAAAGCUCUUCGGGGAAAACAUUUACUAUGUCUGGAUCAGCAAUGCAACCUGGAAUCAUCUCCUUAUCUGUUGAAGAAAUAUUUAAACAGAUGAAAAAUACGCCAGACAAAGAAUUUUUGUUAAGAAUAUCAUACAUGGAGAUUUACAAUGAGAAAGUGUCAGAUCUCUUGUCAACAGAGGACAAACCAAUAAGAAUACAGGAAGACACAGAUAGGAACAUACAGCUAACAGGAGUGUCAGAAGAACUGGUUAUGUCUAAAGCUGAUGUAAUCACUUAUAUGGAUGUGGGAAAUGAGAGAAAGCACAUGGCAGAGACAAAACAAAAUGACAGAAGUUCAAGGUCACACUGUAUUAUGAGAAUGAUCAUAGAAAGUAGAGAAACAGGAGACGAAGAGGCAGUCAUGGUUUCACAUCUUAAUUUUGUCGACCUGGCAGGGUCAGAGAAAGCACAUGAAAAUACUGGUGACAGAUACAAGGAAGGAUGUGCCAUUAACAAAAGUUUAUUCAUGCUGGGUACUGUCAUCAGUAAACUCAGUGAUGGUGUGGGUCAUCAGCACAUAGGGUACAGAGAUUCUAAAUUAACCAGAAUUUUACAGAAUGCUCUUGGCGGAAACUCAAAAACUGCUAUUAUAGCUACAAUAACUCCAGCUUCAAUAGAAGAGUCACACAGUACUUUAAGGUUUGCAUCACGUGCAAAAACUAUAAAAAAUCAACCUCACACCAAUGAAGUGUUAUCUGAUGCUGCUUUGUUGAAGAGGAGCCAGAAAGAAAUAAAGAAACUGCAACAACAGAUUGAUGAGCUGUCAAAAUUGAAGAGUGUAGAUGUCUUGAUGGAAAAAGAAGAGAUGGAGAAGAAAUUAGAAGACAAAAUGAAUACAGAACACCAAUACAUGGAAACUAUUAAUAAGUUAAAACAGUUUAUUAUCAAAGGAUCAGAUGAGGAGGAAGAGUCUAAUUUUAAGAAAAUGAAAAGGAGGAGAGAAACCUGGUGUCCUGGAAAAGCUAAAGGAUCUGCACUAGAUUUACCUGGAGGCAAAUUUGCACGUGAUUUGAAUGGUCAAAGAAUAGAUGUAGAAUUUCAAAGAUCAGCUAUUCCAAAGUCUUUUGUCACAUCUAGGAGAGAUGAUACUGAACUUCCAGAUGUUUCUGAGAUGCAGAGUUUAUCUGACCUCUCUCUUCCAAAAGAUGAUUCUCUUUUCAUGGAAUUUCCACCAAAGUUUGAUGAUUUACCAAAACCAUCAAGACAUGUCAGUUUCAAAUCACCAGAAGCUGGAUUUGACAGCCCACCAUUUUUACAAUCCAAAGAGUUUCUGCAGUUACAAGAUGAUUAUGAGAACUUACUAAAUCUGUAUGAGGAUAAGUGUAAACAAUCAGAACAAGACCAUUCUUACUUGAUCCAUGAACUUGACUUCGUUAAAGAAGAACUAGAAAAGGAAAAAGAUGAGCAAGAUAAUGCCAAACUUGUGGACGAACUAAGGAUUGAUCUGAAGAAAAUACAGAUUGAGAAAAAUGAUUUGGUAGAUGAAGUAGUCCUUUUACAGCAUCGAUUGUCCAUUCAGAACCGCAAAGUUGAAGAGUGCAUGUAUGAAUUGAAUGAAUUACGCAGCAGACAGCAGGACACACAAAACAACAUAACAGAUCAACAAGAGAGCAAUGAACAAAUGAUAAAAAUGGAAGCAGAGAGAGAAAAAUUUGCAGCAGAGAAAGAAAAAUUAGAGGCAGAAAAAGAAAAAUUGUCAGCAGAUUUAUCUGAUUUGAAGAACAUCAAUGAAGAGAUGCAGCAUCAGAAUGAAACAUCGUUAGAAAUGUACAUUAUGAAAAUUCAGGAAUUGGAAGAGAAAAUUGAAGCCAGUGAUGAAAGCUUAAAAAGUCAAGAGAAUAAAAUAUCAAGUCUAGAGGAAGAAACUAAAUCCCUGAAACACAAUGUUCAAGAAAACGAAAAACAAUUAAUUUCAACAAAUUCUGACAAAGACUGCUUACAGAAAGAAAUAGAUAAUUUAAAAAUUGAUCACAAUAAUUUAGACUCAUCAGAAAAUAACAAUUUAGUUGAAAUAUCAACACAGUUAACAAAAUCUGAAGAAGUGAGAAAGGAUCAAGAACAAAAGAUAGCAGAGUUAGAGAAAGAAAUCCUUCAUUUAUACACAAAGUUAAAAGAACAAAGUUGUAUGGAUGAACCCAGAAGAAGCACAGCUGAUGAACUUAGUGAAGUUCUCAAAGAACAUUGUACUGAUUUAGAAAAUAGAUUAAAGGAGGUCGAAGUUGAGAACACAGACUUGAAGGAAAAACUAAACCUUCUAAGUAUGAAACAGGUCAGUGAUGAACCCAAACAAAGCACAGCUGAUGAAUUGAGUGUAGCUCUUAAAGAUUCUGAUUUGGAAAAUAGGUUAAAGGAGGUUGAAGUUGAGAACACAGACUUGAAGGAAAAACUGAAUGUUCUAAGUAUGAAACAGUUAAGUAAUGAACCCAGACGAAGCACAGCUGAUGAACUCAGUGACGUUCUCAAAGAACAUUGUACUGAUUUAGAAAAUAGGUUAAAGGAGGUCGAAACUGAAAAUACGGAACUGAAGGAAAAACUGAUUGUUCUAAGUAUGAAACAGUUAAGUAAUGAACCCAGACGAAGCACAGCUGAUGAACUUAGUGACGUUCUCAAAGAACAUUGUACUGAUUUAGAAAAUAGAUUAAAGGAGGUCGAAGUUGAGAACACAGACUUGAAGGAAAAAGUAAACCUUCUAAGUAUGAAACAGUUAAGUAAGGAACCCAGACGAAGCACAGCUGAUGAACUCAGUGACGUUCUCAAAGAACAUUGUACUGAUUUAGAAAAUAGGUUAAAGGAGGUCGAAACUGAAAAUGCUGAACUGAAGGAAAAACUGAACCUUAUCAGUAUGAAACAGUAUGAACCCAGACGAAGCACAGCUGAUGAACUUAGUGAUGUUAUCAAAGAACAGUAUUCUGAUUUAGAAAAUAGAUUAAAGGAGUUUGAAACUGAAAAUACAUUUUUGAAGGAAAAACUUAAUCUUUUAAGUAUGAAACAAUCAGUUGGUGAACCUAGACGAAGCACAGCCGAUGAACUGAGUGAUGAUCUUAAGGAGCAUUGUGAUGAUUUAGAAAAUAGGUUAAAGGAGGUUGAAACUGAAAACACAGAACUGAAGGAAAAACUAAACAUUCUAAGCAUGACACAAGUCAGUGAUACAAGACAAAGCACAGCUGUUGAACUAAGUGAUGACCUUAAAAAACACUGUGAAGAUUUGAAAAAUAAGUUAAAGGAGUUUGAAACUGAAAAUACAGUUUUGAAGGAAGAACUUGAAUCUCUAAAAUUGCUUGAAAAUUCUCGAAAUGGAAGGCCAAUUGAAGAAAAUGAAAUGAAUUAUACUUCAAAGGAAACUUAUGAAGAGUUGAAAAAUAAAUUGACAGAAAUAGAAAAUGAAAAUACAGAGUUGAAACAAAAAGUUCAAAAUUCAUCAGAAGUGAUGGACAUAUCCAGAAAAAGUGUUUCGGUCAUGGCAGAUGACCACAGCACCGAUUUGAAGGGAUAUUGUGAUGGUUUAGAAAAACAAUUGAAAGAAAUUGAAAAUCAAAAUACAGAAUUGAAAGAAAAACUGAGAACUGGAAGCUGUGCAAUGGAAAUGAAAGAUCAAAGAGACACCCAAAAUGAAGUCAGUGAUGUAUUUAUAGAUAGUCAUAAGGAUGUAGAAAGCAAACUUAUAGAACUUGAAAGAGAAAAUAAUGAGUUGAAAGAAAAGGUAACAUCUAUGAAUGAAACAGAUAUUACUAUUGACAUUGCCAGUAUGAAAGAACAUAUAAUGGCUUUGCAAGUUGAGAAUGAGGAGUUGAAACAACAAUCUGCAUCUCACAUAGCAAAAAUUGAAAUGUUGAUGGAAAAGCUAUCAUGUGAUCAUUCGGAGACAAACAGUAAGAAUACUGAUGAUGAAUUGACCCAUCUGGAGAUCAGGUUUAGAGAAAUUGAAAUAGAAAAUGAAGAACUGAAAGAAAGAGUUCUAAAAUAUACAGCACAGUUACCAGAACAGGAAAGAAAUCAUGUUGAAGUUUUAGCAUCUGAGAAGAUGGAGAUAAGAAAAGAAUUAAUGAAAGCACAUGAGCUGAGUAGGCUAGACCAAGAAAAAAUAAAACACCUUCAAACAGAAUUAGUUACAUUUGGAGAAAAAAUUCGUGCAGGUUCUAUUUCAGAAUGCAAUCGAAGAAGUGUUGAAGUUGAAUUGACAGAUGUUUACAAGGAACACUGUCAAGAUCUUGAAGCACGAAUGGAGGAGUUACAAACUGAGAACUCUGAUUUGCUGGGCAAGAUUGAUCAUUUGACAAAUGCUCAUGGCAAAUUGGAAGAACUGCAGAAAGAACUUGAAACUAAACUUGAAGUAUUGGAACAAGAAAAGAAAGAGGCUAUUUUGAUAGCAGGUGGAAUAAAGGGAAGCAUAGCUGAUGAAUUGUCAUGUGUUAGUUCAGAACAGGAUAACAUCGGAGUAACAGAUAUUUCCAGAAUUCCAGAACUUGAGAAAGAGUUGCAGCAACUGAAAGAUAUCUUGGCUGAUUCUAAAGGAAAUUCUAACAACCAAAUACAGGAACUUCAAACAGAGAUUGGAACACUUAAGUUACAACUGUCUGAAAGGUCAGCAAAGGCAAAUGAUGAACAAAAUGGUGAACUACAAGAGUCAGAAACUGAGCAUAAAGAAAUGAAUUAUUGUCAAGAGGAAAAAUUGGACAUUAGCAUGGAAUGUAGUUCAGAGAAGUCCAACGGGGAAAAUAUAGAAAAUUCAUGUUCAUCUGACGUUUUCUAUGAUAACGAUGACAUAAGACAAAAAUAUAAAGAACAGUUAACAAAACUUGAACAGGAUGAAAGAAGACUGAAAGAUUUAGUUAAACAAAUACAACAACUGGAAGCUGACAAAAUGUCUUUGUUUGAAAAGUUUGAAGAGUUGAAAUGUCAAAAAACAGAAUCUGGAAAUACUUCUCACAUGGUAGAUCUAGAAAACAAAGUUAAGAUUCUUGAAGAUGAAAACAAUGUUUUGUUGGAGAAAUUGCAUUCAAAUGACUCAUCUGAAAUUGAGAAUUUAGAAAGCAAUGUAAAACUUUUGGUAAAUGAAAAUCAAUGCACAUUGGAAAAAUUAGAAUCAGAGGUUGCCAAAUGCCUUGAACAUGAAUACAGAAUCACAGUUUUGGAAGAAGAAAAUAAAUCUUUAACCAAUAAAUUGGAUGGAACAAAUUCUUUCAGAUCAGAAGAAUUACAAAGCAGAAUUGAAGUUCUUGAGGAUGAGGAUAGAUGUAUGAAGAACCGAUUGGAUGAAAGUAAGCCUUCUGACAAUGAGGAAUUGUUGGUAAAAAUAGAAUCUUUGACCCAAGAGAAUAAAUGUUUGUUAGACAAGUUUCAGGGAGGUGAAACUGUUCAGCAGUUAGAAUCUAGAAUAUCACUUCUUGAACAAGAAAACAAAUGUCUGUCUGAACGGUUGGUAGAAUCUCAUCCCUCAGCUUCCUCACAAGAACUUCAAUGUGAAAUUAAAGUACUUAAAGAGGAAAACAAGGAUUUGUGUCAAAAGUUAGAAGAGAUGGACAUUUCAAAAUAUCAAGAAAAAGAAGGUAAAAUUGAAGUUCUUGAAGAAGAAAAUAAAAGAAUGCUUGAAAAAAUGGAAGCAAAAGAAAUAAUGUUUUUAGAACUUGAAUGUAAGGUAGAAGUUUAUGAAGAAGAAAACAAAAGUUUAAUUGGAAAGAUUGAACAGUUGGAAGGUAGUGUUUUUUCAGAUCAACAAGAACUCAAUGACAAAAUAAAAGACCUUGAAGAGGAAAAGGAAGCUCUGAUAUCACAGUUAGCAAAUAAUCAAUCAGCUGAAGAAUUAGAAAACAAGGUUAAAAUUCUUGAAGAUGAAAAAAUGUCCUUGUUAGAAAAAUUAGAACUUCAUAACGGAAACUGCCAAGAACUGGAAGGCACGAUAAAGAUUCUUUCAGAGGAGAAUAAAAAUUUGAAAGAAAAGUCGGCAGAUAACGACGUCAGAGUUGAAGAUUUGGAAAACUUAGAAAAAGAAGUUGAGGUUCUUAAAGAACAGAAGCAAAUCUUAACUGAGAAAAUAGAACUUGGUAAAUUAAAAUUACAGGAGCUUAUGAACAAAAUCGAGACUCUUGAAGAAGAAAAUAAAAAUUUGUCCCAGAAAUUGAAGGUAACUAAUGAGACAGAAGAAUCAAAUUCUUUGUCAACACACAAAUUUGAACACAAAAUUGACACUUUACUUCAAGAAAUAGAAACUCUAAAAACUGAAGCUCAGUCUGAGAAUGAUGUAUUAAGUAAAAAGCUUGAGGAGUCAAAAUGUAGAAUAGAUGUAUUACAGGAGGAGAUUGAAACAGUGACCAAACAACUGGAAACAAAACAUUCUAAAAAUGAAGAAUUAGAAUGCACAGUGGAAGUUUUACAGGAAGAGAAUGAUAAGGUGUAUGAGAAACUAGAAAACAUGGUAGAAAAAAACAAAUUAGAUGAUCUAGAAUGCAAAGUGGAAGUGUAUAGAGAAGAAAAUGAGACACUAUGUGAAAAGCUUAAAAAUUUAGAGGAGAAUGAAAAGUUAUCAAAAGAACAAUCAGGUCUGAUUGAGGUCUUAUCAUCAGAAGCUCAACAAUUAAAACAAGAGAAAGAAAGACUUGAAGUAAACUUGAAAGAAAUGCAAGAUGAACUGACAAAAGUGUCUGCAUUGAAGGAAAAAGGAAAUAAGAAAAUAGAAGAUUUGAAAGAUGAUCUACAAAUUAUAAAAGCAACAGAACACGUAUUGAAAAAUGACAAUGAGAAACUUUUAUCAGAAAUUUCAAACUUACAACACGGUUAUCAUGAACUUGUAAAAUCUGAAAAGAUUAAGUCAGACAUGAUGAAAGUCGAAGUAGAAACAUUGCAAAUUAAACUAGCUGAGAGCAUAACUCACGAUAGUGUAAUGGUCAAAUUGAAUGAGCAGGAACAAUCUUUUAAAGAAAAACUACAGAAAAAACAACAAACAAUUGAUCAGUUAAUGUCAACCAUUACAAAAACGAAAGAAGACAGAGAUAAGAUUGAAGAGCAGCAUUCCAAGUUAGAUAAUGACAGAAUGACAUUAGAACAGAAAUUAUCAUUAUCUGAGAAAAACUCCAGAGAAUUGCAAGAUACUUAUAAUAAAUUGUUAAAGAAUUUUGAAGAACUUCAAAGUAAAUUAAAGGAAGUGGAAACAGGAAAUCUGAGUGAGAGCAUGAAUAUGAGUAGAAGUAGAUUAGAACAACCAGAUAAAACUACAGAUAAGAUUGUCAGACUGGUUACAGAGAAUAGUAAGCUGAAGGAAAGAAAUAUAAAGGAUUCUAAGAUGAUAGAUCUGCAAAAGGGCUCUAUACAGAGAUUAGAAGAACAACUUGAGAAAAGGGAUAGACAAAGUGAUAUAUAUGAGAAAAUGAAGUUGGCUGAGGAAGAGAAGAAGAAAGCAGAAGAAGAAGCAGAUAAAUAUUAUGACCAGUACCAAAAGGAAGAGUCCAAAGUUUCAGCUUUACAUGAAAAGGUCCAACAGCAAGAAAAAGAAAUAAAACAACUACAACAGAGUGUUGAGGAUAUGGUGUCCAAAGGAUUUGUUAAGAAGGAUGAGAAAUCUGGUGAUGAGUUCAGGAUACUUAAGAAAAAAUUCACAGAAGUUUAUAAUGAACUACAAGAUACAAAGAAGAAGGUGGCCAGUUUCGAGAGAGAGAUCGGUGAUAAGAAGCUGAAUAUUAUACUAUUAGAGUCUAGUUUGAAAGAAACAGAAGAAAAGUGUAAUAAAAAGAUAAAGGCUUAUGAGGAAUCAUAUGAAAUUCUUGAAGACCAUAAAAGAUCUUUGAAAAAUCAGAUAAGAAAUUUGGAGGGUCAGAUAAAUCAGCCAGAUGAUACAAUUGUGAAUUUCCAACAGAAUAAAAAAGAUUCCUCUUUACCACUGGGAAAAGCUAGCAGUGCUGGUGGUGCUGUUGACCAUUUCACCAACAUCCUCCUACAGGAGGAGAAUAGAAAACUUAAGCAGGAAAAAUCUAAAUAUGAAAAGAAGACUGAAAAACUUCAACAUGAAUUACAACGAUUACAAAAAGAGAAGAAGGAAAAUGAGCAUCUAGAGGAGAAAGUAGCACAGUUAAGAGAAGAGGAAAAACGACUGGGUAAACAGAUUGAUGACCACAACAGUGCCAGAGCACCUCUAGAAAAUGUGAACACUUUACUGGAAAAUUUCAAAACUUCUAAACUUAAACAACCAGAACCACCGAAACCAAAGAAAAGAACUAAUGACAUUGAGGAAGGCUGUAACCAGCAGUAAAUGUCCGUCUGCAACAGAACACUUUCACUUACAUUUUGUUAUAUAGUGUAAAUAAUAACUCAGGAAUUUUAAUAAUAUACAUAAGUCUAUAUUUAUUAGAUAUACUUUUCAAACAUUUAUUUUCAUCAUAACAUAUUCAUUUGUUCAUUUAUUCAUAAUAUAACAUUAGUCAUUUAUUCUUUGUAACACUAUAAACUAAUGUAACAUACCA